AUGAAGAUCAUAGUGAGUCCCCCAGAUUAUGAAGAUUAUAGUGAGUCCCCAGAUUAUGAAGAUUAUCGCGAGUCCCCCAGAUUAAGAAUAGGUAUGAUUCAUUAUGAGACACUGAAUGAUUCGGGUCAUAACAGAACUUUCUACUUACAGAAACCAGCGGUGGGCUUCCUUCUUCUUCUUAUUGUCGUCACUUCUGCACAAGAAGACGCUGAAGAUGGACAAAAGGGCAAGUUCUUCAUCAAGUCUUAUUCAACCACCACCUGGACGUUCCUGUCUUCGUUCGUAUCAACUGUCCCCUACACCUGCUACAAAACUGCGGCAGUUGCGGCAAAUACUAAAGCUUGUUCGGGCCGUCGGCUACUUCGCGCUAGAAGGUCGAACGUGAAUGAAGGAACAGACAGCACUGAGCUCCUUAGCAGCAUCAGAAACGACAACGCGGACCUUCUUGCUAACAUUGCAGAGGAUGGCUUGGCUGCAAGUGACAGUGAUUCUGAACGUGAGAAGUUUUUUUUCACCGUGUGGAGGACAUCGAGCAGCACAGCCACCAUCACCACGUACUCCACGAACCGUUCAGUCACCGUCAGUGCAUCAGUCAUGUGUACCUACCCAGGUGUUACUCUUAACCUGUGCUAACCAUAUAUAUUCUGAUUAGUAUAUCUUUCUUGAUGUGUGUGCACUGAGAGUGUAUGUACACGUGGAGGGAUAUAUAAUACAGUAUAUAUACACUUUAAUACCCAUAUGACAACUUUUUAUGUAAAUAUUGUAUAUACAUA